GAAGGAGCAGCAGAAGAACCAGAAACCCUCCAAAUCCGUGUGGGAGCAGCGCACGAGCGAGCUGCGGAAGCAGAACCUGCUGGCGAGCCGGGAGGCGCUUUACAGCGAGCUGGAGCCCGAGGAGCGCUGGAAGGUGCCCUACGCUCGCCACCUCCGCCCGGACAUGAAGACCCACCUGGACCGGCCGCUGGUCGUGGACCCGCAGGAGAACCGCAACAACAACACCAACAAAACGCGCCCCGGCGGCGGCGGAGACCCCCCCCCGCCGCCCGACCCCCGCUUCGCUCCGCUGCGGCAGCCGCGAUACCCCGACCCCGGCGGGGGAGCCCCCCGGCCCGCAGAGCCCCCCCCACCCGGGGGGGUCCCCCCACCCCAUGGGCGCCGCCCCCGCAGCCGGAGCCGGGAGCCCCCCGAGCGGGAUCCCAGCGCCGAGCGCGGUUUCGGGGCGGGGGACGGGGGGGAGCGGCACAAACCGAGGCACCGGAGCCGCGACGGCCGCGCCGGGUCCCCCGAGCGGGAGCACCGGAGGCACCGCGGGCACCGCAGGGCGACGGAGGAGGGUGAGGAAGGGGCGGCGAGGACCGAGAGGCGCCCGAGGCACCGCGACGGGGCCCGGCCGGCCCGGGGGGACGGGGACGGGGAGCAGCAGCACCACGGGGACGGAGAGAGGCGGCGGCGGCACCGGCACGGGCCGCCCGCGGGGUACGACGGAGAGGGCAGGAGGGAGGACAAGGAGCGGCGGCACCGCAGGAGGAGGGAGCAGCAGAUCCCCCCGGUGCCGUCGGGCCCGACGCUGUCGACCACCCGCCCCAUCCAGCAGGACAUGGGGCGCCGGGACCCCCCCGUGGCCGAGGACAUCGACAACAUGAAGAACAACAAACUGGCCACUUCCGAGCCCCCCGCCCCCCCCGCCAUGGGCAACCACACCCCCUGCCCCGCCGGGGCCCCCCCGCGCCGGGUACCGCCCCCCACGACCACCACCCCCAUCAACCCCCCGCCCCCCGAAAACAGCCUGGUGGUCACCAACCCCGGCCCCCCCCCCAACAACAACCCCUCCAAGGGCGGGGGGAAACCCGAGCACACGGCCGUGGACAUCCCACCCCCCUUCCCGCCGCCCCCCAGCAACGCCCUGGUCCAAGGUAGGGGGGUUUGGGGGGCCGGGGAGGGGGGGGGCAGAGGGUUCCGCCGGCUGUGCCACUACAUCGUGAACCUGCGGUACUUCGAGAUGUGCAUCCUCAUGGUCAUCGCCAUGAGCAGCAUCGCCCUGGCUGCCGAGGACCCCGUGCAGCCCAACGCCCCCCGGAACAACGUGCUGCGCUACUUCGACUACGUCUUCACGGGGGUCUUCACCUUCGAGAUGGUGAUCAAGAUGGUGGAUCUGGGGCUGGUGCUUCACCAAGGUGCCUAUUUCCGGGACCUGUGGAACAUUCUGGAUUUCAUCGUGGUCAGCGGGGCCCUGGUGGCCUUUGCCUUCACGAGCAGCUCACGCGGCAGCAGCAAAGGGAAGGACAUCAACACCAUCAAGUCCCUGCGCGUCCUCCGCGUCCUGCGGCCCCUCAAGACCAUCAAGAGGCUGCCCAAGCUCAAGGCGGUUUUUGACUGUGUGGUGAACUCGCUGAAGAACGUCCUCAACAUCCUCAUCGUCUACAUGCUCUUCAUGUUCAUCUUCGCCGUGGUGGCCGUGCAGCUCUUCAAGGGCAAGUUCUUCUACUGCACCGACGAGUCCAAGGAGUUCGAGAAGGACUGCAG